CAGCUCCAUGAAUGGUGAAGCACCUGCCACCUCUUUGUACCAGCACAAUCACACAAACAAGUGCGCCAUGUCCAAGAAGUUGACGGAUGAAGAGCUCCUCGCUCAGUUCGAGGACAUUCCCUCGGCCGAUACAGCCACAGCGGCGUCUGGCAAAUCAGCGUCGGGCGCAGUGGACGAAGACGACCCGCUGGCAGAGCUCAGUGCGCUGGCCGCCGCUCGUCCUGUCUCUCGUCCAGAAACUCCUCGUCUAUCCACCUCUACCACAUCCGGCACAAAGUCCAAGGCUGAACACACACCCCAGAGCUCUGGACCACCCAGCGGACGCACCAGCGAAGAUCGAUCCAAGACGCGCAAGAGCACCGAGAGCGCCCGCAGCUACCACCAAAGCCAGACCAUCAAUGAGCAGCCUCAGCCUCACCCUCAGCAGCAGCAAGAGAAGCGGCAAGAGCAGGUACCACAAGCAGGCGGCGGCUGGGGCUUUGGUGGCUGGGGCGCCAGCGUCUUCAGCGCUGCCAGUGCUGCUGUCAAGCAAGCAGAAGCGGCUGUCAAGGAGGUGCGCGGCAACCCCGAAGUGCUCAAGUACGCUGAGCAGCUCCGUCACAACGUCAACGUCGAGAGCUUGAAGGCUUACGGAGGCAACGUGCGCAACAUGGCUCUACCCACCUUUACUUCUCUGCUCGAGACGAUCGCGCCUCCAAUCGCCCAGCACGAGCGCUUGAUCAUCCACACCACCCACGACCUACAAGCAUACCCCUCGCUCGAUCCCAUCAUUUACGAAGUCUUCUCUCGUGUCAUGCAACAAGUCGAAGGCGGUGACCUUCUUGUCAUCCAGCGUGGUACAGAGUCUCGCCAGCGCGGUCGCAGCUCAUCUGAAGCCGCCUAUCGCGGAAACAUUCUCGGAACAGGAAGCGGCGCAUGGACUGAUGGCCCUUGGUGGCGUGAACAAUCUACACAACGCAGCUUGGGUGCCGUCAAGGGCUUGACCGAAGGCACAAAGCUCUGCCGCGCCAACGCAGAGGCCUACGCGACAGACUUCUUUGAAGCCCGCGGUGGUCUCGAAGAAGUCGCAAAGCAAGCCACCCAAACUCUCUCAGAGACCAACCCCGUUCGCAGCUCCGACAUCUUCCUCGCCAUUCAACCCCUUACACAGUCAGCCGCCAAGGACCUCUUUGCUGCAGCUCCCAAGCCCGAUGAACCAAAAUCUGACGUCGUGGACCCCGACACCGACGAAGAAACAGCCCUCUUCGCCAUCUAUCUCCACGACCCCAUCCACUCCCUCUCCUUUAGCUCUCUCUCCCAAUCCUUCCCCGCACAAUGGACACAAUGGCUCGACGCCUCAUCACCAAAUCCCGAAGAUCCAGAAAUCCUCCCCGAAAGUAUUCGAGAAAUCGUAGAGUCUGGUGGUAUUGACCCUCGCGAAUGGGUUUCUGAAUGGCUACAGGAUACCCUGACUUUGGCCAUUGGUGUUGUGGCGCAGAGAUAUGUGGCCAAGAGGAUGGGUGUCGGUGAAGGUGGUAUUGGAAAAGGAAAGCAAAGACAGAGGGCCGAAGAAACUGAUGCUGCUGGGGAGGCUGCUAGAGCUAUUUGAUCUUCUUCCGUCAUUUUAUCAUCCUGGCGUUAUGGGCAAGGCGAACGGCUGAAUGACCUAUGGGCUAGCAAAGACAGUAAACAACACCUUUAUGAUAUUCUUUUCUUUCUUCUCAACCUCUGAUUGUCCCAUGUGAUGAGAACUCAAGAUCUCUAUCAUAAUGCCUGUCACACACGGAUUACAAUUUCAUCUCAUGCCCUGUGAUCUAACUCACCAAUGAGCACUACAACCAAAGAAGCUUGCUGUGAGUGCAGUAGCGAUCGGUGAGGAAAGUGAUUGGGAUUGGAUACAAGUGCACAUGACGCCCAUAACCUCACAUCCAUCACUUGCUCAUCAACACACAUACUUACAGCGAGA